AUGUCAAUACUGCCGGUUCAAGGGGAGGUUGGUGCAGGCGUGGCCUCGUAUCUUCUCCAGCUCUGCCUCGUGUUAACCCUGUUGCCAGCUGCUUUUACGGCUGAGGGAUCGUCUACGCCGAGCCCUCCUGAUACGGAGGGGGAUGAAACUCAACAAUUACAGUCAAAACCGCGGGUGCCUCACAGCAACACCUUUCAAGUAGUGGAAGAUAUAGAAGGUAUGGAUGGGGAACUCAGUGCAGAGUGGUUGAGCAUGCAUGCUCACUUGCCUUUGCUUAAGCUUGCACUGCCCGCCACCUACAUGAGUACAUUGACGGAUGUCAACGCGCCAAAAUACGUGGGCAAAGUCGAGGCACAGGACUUGGGCGUUGUGGACCAGCUCAUCGACGGAAUCCGCCUUCUUGACGUCCGACUAUGGAGGGAUGAAACGGCGACAGAUCCGACGGAAGCCUGGUUUACAGAGGUGCCAUGGAGGCUUUUUGAAGAUGGCGAACUGCUUAGAGGUGUAGAGAAUGGCAAAUCCCCAGCAUCUUUCGCUCAGUCAGAACUCGAGGCCCUUGAGGUUCACAGCCGAACUGGUCUGGUGGAGGGCCUGUUCAAACCAGUCCUGCAAUUCUUACGCAAGUCUCCCAGUGAAGUGGUCGUUGUCGUGUUCUCAGCAGUAAAUGGAAACACACACACUCAACGCAAUAUGAUUGCGAAGGGUUCAGAGCUCGCAGAGUCGCUCGCCCAUGCUGAUGAGCAACUGAGGACGUUCUUGCAAAGCGGGCAGCCGUACAGUGAUAACGCACACGAGGCGAAAUCCCCUGUUUCUACUGAGUCCCCUGCUGUGGUCCGAGUUGGGGUACACUCAGCCUAUAAGAGUCCCUGGCUUGACAGCUUUGUAAAGAAGGGUGUAUCGUUCAGCCAUUUCGCGGAAAUCACUGAUCUUAUCGACACCCACUGGGGUCCAUUGUUGCCGCACCACUUCGAUAUGUUUGUGGACGCAAACAACGAAAACAAGAGCAUGAGGGACAGUGUCACGGAUGCUGAAUCCUUCAGGGAGUGGCAGCGUAGCCAGGGCGCCUCGCUCCUUGGGAGGCCUAUAUCAGAGUUGCUUGACGCUAAAGUGCGGCUUAUUUUGCUUCUUGAUGAUCCAUUGCUUGCGUGGUUCAUCACCACUAGGUCGCGCUCGCAGGUGGUAGCACUUGUGAAGGCGGAUCACAUAUAUGACGUCUCUUAUAUGUCCGAGUCCCAUUUUGCUCCGUGCGCCUCCCCACACACUGCGCGAACCGGGGGGUCUUUGAAGAGUCGCGACAGCAGCUGGCCAUCUUGCCGUAGUUGGUGCGCCAGCGUUGGUUCCAAGGAGUGUACGUCGUGGUCGUGGAGGCCAAGCGAUACGGAUCAGAGAGCGCAGCCUGCGAGGAGUCGUCGGGAAGGUGAUCUCAGCAGCAUUUGGGAAGAGAGAGCGGACGAAGAGAUGGGGAAGUGUGAACUCUAUACUAGGGCACCGGUUGAACUGUCGUUUGAAGCCAUCACCCAAGGAAUGGAUUGCCCGAAUGACGACCUUAUGACUUCGGAUCUCCCAUGGGACAACAUGGCCGUUAUGGGGGACUUGCUGCUCUCCGUUUUGCCUGUGGUUAAGAUCUCGGCGAAUUCUCGCCGCCGCAACAUGCGUGGAAUGGGGACUGUAAGCUUUGGAUUCGAUUCCCGAGUGUCUAUGCUCACCACAGGGUCCGCAAGCGGGCACGAAGAGAAGUAUGGCAUUUCACAGAAGCUAAUUCGCAUCUUGUUCGCCCCACCAACACCGCAGGUUCGCAUAGAGGCAUCGCAGAGGGCUGCUUACAGCAGCAGGGGCGAUGCUGCGAGGAGAUUCAAUGCCUCGCUUGCGGACUUCGUCCUAGCGCUGCUGUUGAGGUAUCACAUCUUGGAAAGGAACCAUGUUCCGAGUAGGCCUGUUAAUGUCAUUCAGAUAGCUAAAUACCGCCGGAUAAGAAGUCGGUUGGAACCUUUCGCGUCCGCCAGUUUCUUCCAGCACAUGACAAUCCUCAACCCCUCUGCGGCUAUUAACCCCCACCUCUUGGCAUUUCCGGAGGAUACCUACGGAGUUUCGCUGAAGGAUUCAAGGGUCGCAACAACUAUCCAGAGUUUCCCACCACCGCAUGGCGGAGCGUCCGUGACGAUGUGGUUGUGCUUCAUCGGAAUAGUAACUGCGAUCUCGUUGUGCGUCUUUAUUUCUACGCUUUGGUGCACCUGUCAUCCGAGCGGCUUCUUGAGGAAGGUUUGCCACCGCCGAGGGGCGGGACCCUCGGUAGCUUCGGGAGGCGUGGUCAGCUUAUCAAACGUUUCGUCAUCUGGUACCGCUGCGUAA